CCCGUCUUGUUUCGCAUCCAUGCUGAGGGCGCAGACUCGUUUUGGGAAGGACUUACUUUCCCCACACCCGCGCUGUGCUCCGCGCGCCGUCCUGUAGAUGGGAUUUCAGGGUUGUUGUUUUUUUUGCGGGGGAUUUCUGCGUGGUGCUUUUAUUUCUUCCUCGCUGAGAGAAAAAGUUUGACUUUAAAAAAAAAAAUAAAACGUGAAGAAGGGAAAACGAGGCCGAGGAGUCGAGAGGAGGAGAGCUGUCCGGACAAAAAGUCGAAGAGGGGACACUUUGAGACGUUGGCGAUGGAGACUUCCACAUCGAGAGCCACCGAGAAGAAAGACAAAAUGGACGGGAACGGAUUCUCCGACCUCCCAAAGAAACCCUCACCCUCAGAGACGCGAGCCCCCCACCACAUCUUCCCCACCUUCCACACACCGAUCCCGAUUGACAUGCGCCAUCACGAGGGACGAUACCACUAUGAGCCUCACGCGCUGCACGCCAUGCACGGCCCCGCAGGUUUGGCUGGCAGCCCCGUCAUCUCCGAUAUCUCCCUGAUCCGCCUUUCACCCGCCACCGUGGCAACCGGUGACUCUCCCUUCAGCCCGCCUCACCCGUACGUCAACCCUCACAUGGAGCACUACCUGCGCUCUGUGCACGGCAGCCCCACCCUGUCCAUGAUCUCAGCAGCCAGAGGACUCAGCCCUGCCGACCUGGCCCAUGAGCACUUAAAAGAACGCGGGCUGUUUGGACUUCCUCCUCCUCCUCCAGGGGCGAGCCCAGCCGAGUAUUACCACCUGAUGGCCAGCCACAGGAGCCCCUACGGCGAGCUGCUCAUGCAGGGUGCCGGGGCCACUGCGGGGGCACACCUGUCCGACUACAUCACCCCCAUCGACGUGUCGCGGUUCUCCAGCCCCAGACUGACGCCCAGGCUGAGCAGGAAGAGGGCUCUGUCCAUCUCGCCGCUGUCGGACGCCAGCAUCGACCUCCAGACGAUGAUCCGCACCUCGCCCAACUCGCUGGUCGCCUACAUCAACAACUCGCGCUCCAGCUCGGCUGCCAGCAGCUCCUACGGACACCUGUCGGUCGGAGGACUCAGCCCGUCCUUCCCCUUCCCACAUCCCAUCAACCCCAUGGCCUACCAGCAGCUCCUCUCCCAGCAGCGGGGGCUCAGCGCCUUCGGCCACACUCCGCCUCUCAUCCAGCCUCCGCCCACCUUCUCCAGCCGCCAGCCGGGCCUCGGCCUCUCCUCCCUGCCCACCUCCGCCCACAACAGCGACCUGCCGUCCAAGAACCUCAGCGGUGACUCUGCAGUCAGCAGCACAGUUGACCCCAUGAUCACCAAAAGGUCAAAGGUCAAGAUUGAAGCAGAGGGAUUGAGGCCGUUGUCUCCUUGUUCACCGAACCAUCAUGGCAGCUUGCUGGACUUGAAGGAUGACGUGGACCGGGAUGAAUGUAAGCAGGAGCCCGAGGCCGUUUAUGAGACCAACUGCCACUGGGAGGGCUGCAGCAAGGAGUACGACACGCAAGACCAGCUGGUCCAUCACAUCAAUAAUGACCACAUCCACGGAGAGAAGAAGGAGUUUGUGUGCCGCUGGGAGGACUGUUCGCGGGAGCAGAAGCCCUUCAAAGCUCAGUACAUGCUGGUGGUUCACAUGCGCCGACACACAGGGGAGAAACCACACAAGUGCACGUUCGAGGGCUGCUCUAAGGCCUACUCCCGUCUGGAGAAUCUCAAAACUCAUCUGCGCUCGCACACCGGCGAGAAACCUUACGUCUGCGAGCACGAAGGCUGCAACAAAGCCUUCUCCAACGCCUCGGACCGAGCCAAACACCAGAACCGGACACACUCCAACGAGAAACCCUACGUAUGUAAGAUCCCCGGUUGUACCAAGCGCUACACAGAUCCCAGCUCUCUCAGGAAGCAUGUGAAGACGGUCCAUGGCCCCGAGGCCCACGUCACCAAGAAACAGCGCAGCGACCUGCCGCCGAGGCCGCCGGCGCCCAGGGAGAACGGCGAAAACGAGACGGGUAACAGAGAGAGAAUCCAGAGGGAAGACAAGAUAUCAAACAACAGCUCCCCCAGAGGCAUGGAGGACUACCUGCACGUCAAAUCCAUCAAGACUGAAAGCUCUGUGAUGUAUCAGUCCAGCCCUGGCGGUCAGUCAUCAUGUAGCAGCGAACCAUCACCACUUGGCAGUGCCACCAACAAUGACAGUGGAGUAGAAAUGGCGGCGCACAGCGGGGGAAGCCUGGGGGACCUCACCACCCUUGACGACCUGCCCUUCGUGGAGUCCUUGGGCUGUGAAGAUUCCACCGGCGGGGUCGCGGUGGUCGGUCUCCACUUCCGAAAGCAGCUCGGCACCAGUCAGCGCCUGGAGCAUCUGAAGAAGGAGAAGCUGAAGACAGUGAGGGACUCGUGUCGGUGGGCCAGCAACCCAACACCCCCAGUCCUCGGCACCAAGCUCCCACCCAUACCAGCAAGCGGAUCCCUCCUGGAAAGUCCAAGUAUGGGUGGUGGUCCGGUGUCCUUCCCUGGUUACGUCUUGGGUGAUCUGAGCUCUGGUAAAAUGACUCUGUUGGAAAACCUUUCAGAGCGCCGUGACAGCACCUCCAGUACCCUGAGCUCAGUUUACACCCUCAGCCGCCGCUCCUCAGGCAUCUCCCCUUGCUACUCUAGUCGGCGCUCCAGCCAGGCCUCGCAGUUCGGUGCCAACCGCCCCAGCAACCUUAGCUCUGCUGACUCCUACGACCCCAUCUCUGCUGACAUCUCACGGCGCUCCAGUCAGGCCAGCCAGUGUGGGGGAAGCAGCGGAGGAGCAGGAGGGUGUGGAGGAGGGGGCCCCCUCAGCUUGACCCCAGCCCAGCACUACCGCCUCAAGGCGAAAUACGCUGCUGCCACUGGAGGUGCACCGCCUACGCCUCUUCCAUACAUGGACCAAAUGUGUCUGAAGACCCACACAGCCCUGUAUGGGGACUCCCAGGAAACCUCCACCACCAAUAAAGGCCUGCUUUCCAGGCAGUACAGCAGCUACACCACGCGGAGCCUGAUGCCCCAUGAGGUCCCGUCUAACAUCCCCCGCCGAGCCAGUGACCCUGUGAGACGUGUGGCCACAGAUUAUGUCAGCCGGCCACAAAUGCAACGCUACAACAGCAUGGGCACACUGAGUGGAGGGGUGACCAUGCAGCCCCAUCCGCCUCCAGCAGCAGAUCGCCAGCAAGGCUGCCUGCGAUCAGAUGGUAGUCUCCACCGUUACCCUUACAGCCUGCGACCGCCCAGCAUUUUGGAGAACGUCACCAUGGAGAUGAUAACGAGUGACAUAAGUGACCCUAAGGAAGACCUGAUGCUGCCUGACCUCAGCACUGACAACAGAGACUCAACCAACAGAGUGUCAACCAUUCAACAAGAUUUCCAAGGAAACCCCAAUUUCCAGCAGCAGUCGUACUAUCAGAGAAGGAUGGCUGUCGUGAAUACCAAGGUCUCUUUGGGACAUAUGGAUGCCAGCCAGCACUACUCCAAACUACAGGUCAGAGGGAACCUGGCUGUCCUCCAGCAAAACCAGAACUUUGGAUCUUUUCACAACAAUCUCAGCUGCAACCAGCAGAUGAUUCAAAACUUCAUUAAGACAACGCAGCAGAGAUGCAAACAGCUGAAUACUGAACCAGGAGCAAACUGCUUCCAGCAGCAGAGAUUUCAGCAGUCGUCAAAUCUCAAUGAAGCAAUUAGCUCUCAGUACAGGUUCAACGAAGACAUCAGUCCAUAUGAUAAGAAUGGUAACAACACUGACCCACCUUGUAAUAACACAACAGCAGUCAGUGGGAGAAUACUAAGCCCCACAUGCAAACAGGAGCCAGAUGACAUGGACACUGUUGACAUGCACUUUGCUGAUGCUGGAUUUCAGCCUGUGCAAGUUAAAAUUGAAGACCGUGAUGGAUCAAUCAUGAUUUCAGAUCAGCAGAACUGUAACAUGACCACCCAGAAUCCCUUGCAAACUGGGAAUCAGAGCCAUCUCCAGCCAAGGCCACCAACAGAACCUAAAUCUCUAAACAGGCACCAUUCAGGGCACCCAAGUAAUGCUAACCCGGAUGUUGCUUCCAAAUUACCCAGUAAUGGAGUUUUAGGACUUCAUUGCAGUGACAACUCUGAUGACAAUGCCAUGUACUACACAGGGCAGAUUCAAGUAUUUGAGCCCAACGGGAACUUGGACCACCAUGUUUCUCCUGUGGUGAAUGUACCUCCUUUUGAAAAUGAUGCAGUGUCUUCCAGUUCAGGAAACAACCAGGCGUCAAGGACUGUAGACUGUAAUGCAGCACUGGAGCAGGCACAGAUAGACUUUGACAGCAUGCUGGACGAUGGGGAUCACUCCAGCCUCAUGUCGGGAACCUUGAGUCCAGGUCUGCUCCAGAGCUUUUCCCAGAGUUCCUCUCGCCUGACAACGCCCAGGAACUCGGUCACGUUGCCCUCGGUGCCGGUGGCAACGGGGAACAUGGCCAUCGGGGACAUGAGCUCAUUGCUGACUGCUCUGGCAGAAGAGAACAAGUUCCUCAACUUGAUGUCUUAGCCACAUGUCAUAGCAAACUUUUUCCUCCGACAUAAACAUAUUUGCAGAAUCUUUGAACUCCUGAUGCACAAUAAACAUUCAACCAACUUAAAAUUGAUGUGAUUGUGUGCCAAAAAGCCUCUGCAGUGUGUGGCUCUUCUUUUUUUGUACAGUCUCAUUUGUUAAUUAUUUAAAAUGGCAACUUUCUAUCUUUUUGAAAAGCCAUAUUUUUUUUUUUUGCCUUAGGUAGUAAAUAUGAUGUAAACAACAGAAUUCCUUCAGUUGUUGUACAGGUCUGCAGUAAGAUCAGUUUACUAAGUGCCUGGCUCAGCCAAAACAUAUGCAUGUUGUGCAUAUGUUUACAUUUAAAAAGGUGCAAAUGUAACCAGGUAACUAUCUGAUACCUACAUAUUUGGAAUGUACCAUCACCACCAACUUGUUUUACACUGUAAAUUACUUGAUCUGAAGUUUAUUCUAUAUCAAGUUGCUCAUUUCUGAAAAAACAGUUUGAUCAUAACAUUUUUUUUCUCCAUCAUCAGAGCAUUUCAAGUUUACAGUCACUGUCCUCAGUGAGCCAUUAUUUGAUUGCUGCAAUGCUGUUGAGAUUAACUGUGACAUCUCAGUGUCAGGCAUCAGAGACUUGAUUUGUGACUGAAUUAUGAAACCAUGCAUACAUUGGUUGUGCUCUUGCAGUGAGAAGAUUCAGAAGACAUCUAAGAAAUCAAACUUUUUUCUUUUGUACAUUGUUGAACCAGUUUGUUGUGCUGGUUAAGUGUAAAUAUCAUUUGUACAUUUUUAAGAAAUACAAUAUUGACAUUGAUUUUUUUAAACAAA